AUGGCGUCCCCAACGGAUAACGUGUCAACAAGAAUGAUGAGGUUAAAGGUUCUUUACACCUUUGACGUGGAAAGCAAAAAUAAUUGCCUUGCAAGAUGGCCGAAUGUUUUGGAGGUUCAAACGGCGUUUAUUGAUGAUUUGACGCAGAUUGGCGUUAUUGAUCUCAAGACUUGCCUUCAAGCUCUCACUUCUUCCAGUCCCGAGCUGUUGUCUCAACAUGCCAUCGACUACACUAUCUAUGCAUUUGAUUACUCAGAAGAAGGUACUCCGCUAUCCGGUCAGGGCUUAUUGUCUACGAUCUUCAACCCAAACUCCCAGAACAAUCUGACAGAUACAACAUCCAAAGUCAUUACAGGGCGUGUCACCAAGAAUGUGCUGGGGUUGUUUUCAGGCAGUGGCCAAGAAACACUUGAAGUCAAGUUGAGGCUUCUACCGGUCACAAUGCAAGCACAGUCUAGUAGUGUGUUUGGACAGUCAGGCCAUCAUGAUUAUAGUGGAAUUAAUCAGCAAUUUGGUGAGGCUAAUGAUUGGCCAAAUCUGCUCUCACAUGAGAAUGGACCGAUAUUCACACAGCAAUCUUCAGGUCUGGGAUCUCCAGUAGACAGGACUGGAAUGGAGCACAUGCAGAGAAUGCUGCACGAAGGAAGUGUCCCCAGGGAAAACCCCACAAAUCGAUCAUCCGAAUCUCUUCAAAUAUCGUCCAAUUCACAGCAAGGAAGCCGACCUGGGACGCCAGGUCAAACCCAGCCUUUCCAUCCACCUGCUCGUCCGUCUUUUGGCCAAGCUUCGAGACCUAGCUCACGAGCUUCAGUCAGAGCCGUUUCGCAACCUACUCAUCACAAGCGAAGAGAAUCAUUCAACUCUGGCUAUUACAGUGGCGAUGAAGUUCAGGUAGAAGAAGGUCCAAUCAGAAAGCGCGCGAAAAUCACGCCAGUUGGAGCACCAAGCAGAUCAGAUUUAAAUAUCGAGCGUCAACCAGAAUCGCUUCGAAUGGCUGCCAGCACUGCUUCCUCUGUUCGCGGACAUCGACCUAUUGCUAUCAAUUCUGCCCUUAGUAACCUACAAGGUAACCACCUUGCAGAAGAACCUGUAAGACCGCCAACACCAAUUCCAGGGCCUCAUAAUUCAGGCAAUCGCAGGCAGCAAAAUCAAGGAAGUGGUCUUCGUCGAGGCCCACAGCAACAUCUGCAAGCUGAUAUCUCUUAUCAAGGUCAAUCAGUUACCAAUACUGUUGAUGCUUCGGCAACAUCUCCGGAAUUCACCAUGGGUCCUAGCGUUUCGAGCACACCAGCAGAUAUUCCGUCUUCACCACCUGUGAUAACAAACUACGGCUCCUUGCCAACCAGUCCUGUGUUGCCUCGCCCGCCUCCUCCCGCUGAGCAGCAAGAUUCAGGCUUCAUGGAUGAAAUUGGUGAUUUGAUAGAUGGCAACAAGAACUUUCUGUGGAACGAUGAUCUGACGGAUGUAGGCCGCAACGAAUUCCAGCUCCAGCCGCCAAUUGAAGCAAAUGCGGCUACUGAGAUGCACAAUAAUUUCACACCCGUAUCUGAUAGGGGCGGAUAUCUUGAUGACGAAUUGACAAACAGCCUACUUCCCCCUCGGCCAAAACCUUCGAAUCAAACGGCUUCCUCCAAGCGACCAUUAUCACGCGCACAGACAACAAGACCAGCAAUUCGGCCUGGGAUGUCAUCGCCAAAGCUGGCUCCAGCGCCUUACCCAAGAGCUCGUCAACUAGAAGAAGAGAUGGCUGUCCAACCCGCUUUGCCUCCUGUUGCAGCAAGUGACCCACUGGGGCGCCAACUACAACGGUCCACUACUUGGGCGGGAGAUAUGAGCGACGCACCUAUGUCCGACGCCCCCGUAGGUGAAGGGGGCAGAGCGAAAUCCGGAUCAAAGAAGAAAGUUGGUAGAGAGCAGACAAAGGCACGUUUAGAGCACGCAUUAGCACAGAAUGAGAUGCCACCAUACUGUGACAACUGUGGCACCAUUGAUACGCCGGCCUGGAGAAGGGUAUUUGCGAGGACUUUGCCAGGACACUUAUAUGAAACUUUUGAAAUGUGGCCGGAGACCCAGGGUGCUUAUGUUUGGAAGCAAAUUGAGGAGAAAGCUGCAGAUGGCACAGUCAUAAAAUUCAGGGCCUACAAGCUCUCGAAGAGCCCCGAAGAUAAGGGUGAAGAAUGGAUCAAUGUCACCUUGUGCAAUCCUUGCGGCCUCUGGUUCCAUAAAAACAAAUGCAUGCGCCCUGCAGAGAAGUGGACAAGGAAUCCAAAAGAUCCGAACCAGAAGAAGAAGCGAGCUUAUCGACCAAAGAGCAAGCGUGUAGCUGCUAAGAAGGGACAAGAAGAUGACUCAAAGAGUGAUGCUCCAGACCAAGGCAGCGAAGGCUCUUCUCCGGCAGAUGGAGCUACUGAGGCCGAUAUGGAGAACGAGGACGAGCGUCAGAGGCCUGACAUUGGGACGGUGGAGCCAGAGCUAUUGCCUGUGCAUCAACGUGCAACAACUGCUGAGCCCAUGAUGACUGAUGGGAAGGCUGCCUCUGUACAUCAUCUUCCGGCUGGGAGUGAAACACGAGCUUUCCAAUCUAGUCCCGUGCGCAAUGUGGGCUCGCACUCGCACGGCCAGCCAGUCGAAACUGACCAAACACCAAAACCUCUCUGCCGACAGCUAUUUCCAUCGCCUUUCAAUAAGACUCCCACUAAAUCCCAGGCCGCCCCUUCUGGAAACGACACAAUUACUCAGCCACUGUCUGAAUUACCCAACUUCUACCGCCGCAGUCCACGUCUUAACAAAUCCGCAGAUGUCCUUGGUAACCACCCCAAGACUCCUGAGAAGGAAAAUCGAGUCUCUGGACCAACACACGAUGAUGAUUUGAACGAUCUGUUCAAUGACGAAGAAGAUAGCUUCUUGAUUCCACCACAAACACCCACACCGACUCGGCGUUCUGACCGGCUGUUACUGAAGACCCCUAGCAAGACCCCGUCUGGCAGGAAUCCUCGGACUCCCGGAGCUCACACGUCUCCUAAUGCACAUCGAGCGUCGCAAGAGAUGAGGACGCCCAAGAAGGACUUUAUCAUGGGCUCGAACAGGACUCUAGAAGAAAUGACGCCUUUCACACGUUUGAUUCAUUUCGAAUUGAUAAAGGAGCAUACCGCGAAGACAAAGACUACAGAUGAGCCGGCCCCAAGAGCUUCUGAGAAUCCGCCAGCUCAGCAUUCAGAUCUUGACUUUCCCGAUCUACCAGAUCUCGGAGCCAUCUCACCUUCGUCACGACCGUUUGAUUCCAUGCAUGACCUAGAUCUGUCCAGUUUCAACACGAGCUUUCCAGAUAUCUUUCAGACAAAUAUUCAAGGAAGCGGCAGCUCGCCACCUAACGGUUACUAUAAUUACCUCAACUCUGAUUUCCUGGAUCCUGCAUUGGCGAACGGCCAGUGGGAUGGAGCCGGAGAAAUGGAUGUGCAGACCGGAUCGAAUGGGGCUUCGCUUGUAGUGCAGGGGACAACUGGUUUGAGGCGUAGUCCGAGGAAGAACAAGUCAGGAUGA